UUUUUGGUCACAAAGAAGUGGAGGAUUGAGAUAAUGGCCGAAGAGGUGGACGAAGACAAUGGCAUCUCAUUUGUGACGGCAAUUGAGAGACGAUAUGUGGAGACGUGUCUUAUCGACAAAGAAGUACUGACUUUACCGCAAAUGUAUGGCAACGACCGCACCAUUGAAUUGAUUGGUUUGGAGAAGCGUUUGAAUGCAUUGAUUGAAGCGGACGUCUCAAGAAUGAACAUCACUUGCUGUGGAAGUGAUUGCCAUUCACUCAUACAGGCCUUGAGACACACAAAGACUCUCAUUUUGUCCAACAAUCUGCUCACCGAUUGGCCAGAAGUGGCCAAAAUUGUGGCAAAUAUUGAGUGUUUAACUGAUUUAGUCUUAAUACCGAAGAGUGAAGAACUGGAUUUGCACUCAUUUAAGGCCAUUAAGACACUAGUCAUUGAUAAUAUGGAUUACGACUGGAAUGACAUCUUAUGGUGCGCUCAGAUGUGGCCAAAUAUCGAGAGACUUGACGUUUGGGGCAAUCGUGUGACUGAACUGAAGAGUCCGCAUUAUCGAGGAAUGGCAUCACGUCUGUGGCCAAACAUCGAGAGACUUGACGUUUGGGGCAAUCGUGUGACUGAACUGAAGAGUCCGCAUGUGUUCACACAACUCAUUCAUCUGAGUCUUUGCAAUAACAGUAUCGAGGAAUGGCAUCACGUCUGUCGACUCGCAACUCUUCCCAAUUUAAAGACUCUAAACGUUUCCGAUUGUAAACUAAAUUCAAUACAUUUCGACGAUUCGGAUGCGAAACAGAAGACCAAACUAUUCCCUCGAUUGGAGUUCCUAUCGAUUGGUAAUAAUAAUCUGAAGACAUGGAGAGAUGUCUCAGAACUGAAUAAACUCCAAAAACUGGAUCAGCUCUUCAUUAAGAAUAAUCCGAUAUCAGAAAUGAUGAGAAGAGACGCAGAAAUUGCAUAUUUGAGAAAAACAAAUAAAAUCUAUGAAACGGCUAAGAGUUUGGGAGACGAGAAAUUGCAUGAAUUUAUUAAUGAAAAUCCCACAUUUGAGAGCAUUUUAUUAAAGUUUGGCAAACCUUUUGGUUCGGAAAGCAUUUCCAAAGCAGAGAUUGAGAAAAAGAAGUUCUUAACCAUUAAACUAAGGAAUCCUUUCGAUAAUGAGAAGUGUGUGGAGAAGAAAAUACCCGCCUCGAUUUCAAUCAUAAAUUUGAAAACAAUUGUUCGGAAACUCUUUGAAAUUGAUUACAAUUAUGACAUCAACUUAUUGUGGACUUCAAAGGAUUUUGAGUGUCCUUUGGAUAAGGAAUCGCAAAAUUUAAACUUCUAUUCCAUUGAAAAUGGAGACACGAUUUUAGUCAAUAUUCAAUAA